CUGUUUCUAUCUGUGGUUUCUUUUCUUUUGCGAAACACGAGCGGCAUUGUCAAAAAUAAAUACUAUUUUCGUUUGAUUACGCUAUUUACUUUCAAUAAAUAGGUGAAAACUCUAUUAUCGUUAUGAUCAACACUUUUUGAUGUUCGUAUAAAAGUAUAAAUCAUCGUUGUUGUAUUCGUAUCUCGCGAAUUGUAAGUUACCGCGGUAUUUGUGAGGAACCAUGGUUAUAGAGAAGCUGCAUGGUCUGCAGGCAACAAAAAUCAGUCUCAAUGAGCGGUUCACGUUGUUGGCAACCGCGCCGUUACGGCAAGCACAAGCUGCUAGGGUGCCGAGGCAGCGGAGGAGGUCGACCGGCCUGUUCUCAUUCGGACAACAGAUAAACAGUCGAAAUCUCAUCGACCAGAUUGCUCAACGGUUAGGACAGCAGUCCAAGAGGGAUGCAGUAAGACAACGGCUGGGCAUCCCAGCGCUAAGACGCUUUGGCAGUGAGAGCAGUCUGCCCGGACUGCGCAGGUCUAGGAGUUUCAGCAAUAUGAGUAUGCGGAGUGUCCAGUCUAGGGACAGCUGGAGACAGUCUAAUGGCAACUUGAGCCGGUCAGCGUCAUUCGGCAACUUGUCGCAGGGCACGUGGCGAGGACGCGGCUUCCGGCGACGUGGUGGACGCAUGGGCCUCAUGAGAGGUCGCAUGAGAGCACGCGGCGGUAAACAACAAAUCGUGGGCAAGAUGCGUGGGCAAGGACGUGGUCAAUCUCGUGGGCGACAGAUGACCCGUGGGCAAAAUGGGCGCGGUCGAGGGCGCGGCCGCGGGCAAGGCAAUACGGGAAGAGGGGGUGCCACCACUCCAAAUAAGCCGUUGGUGACCAAGGAAGAGUUGGACCUCCAGCUGGACCAGUACAUGGCGAGCACCAAGACAGCCCUGGACAGAGAGUUGGAUGAGUACAUGAAGAACACCAUGGAAAUGGAGUAAUUAAGUUUAACCAAAGUCGAGACGCUCAGAGAUUGUUUCUGAUAGGUCGAUGCACCUUCGAACUGGCCUACAAGGUUAUGUCAACUGUUUGUGUUUGUAGUGAUGAGACAAAAAAUGAGGCAAUCGAAUAUGUUUGUCCCAUUCUAUCAUGACCUGUUAGAAACGCUAUUUCUGAGCGGCCGGACAUUCGUGCUUUUUGGUGUGCAUACUCACUAGUGUGAUAGAUUUAUGUGAAGGGGUUAUUGAUAUUUUUUGGGAUUCCGUGGGUACUUUAAAUAAAGAUGAUAUUUUUUUAUUAUUUAAUCACUAUGUAUAUUUUUUCUGAUUUUUCCCUAUACUUGUAAUAUGAGAUAGUAUUUGAUACUUCUAGGUUAACGGAAAGUAGCCUAAAAUUCCCUGAAAUGUAUCCAGAUAUACCUUUUUUUGUGGCUGUAUUUUAUUUUAGUCGACUUAAAAGUUCGAUUUUUUUACAGCUUCACAAGAAUUUUGAUUUUUUUCCUUUUAAUCGACAUAUACAGGCAUAUCUUUUUAUUUUAUGUUUACAUGUAAAUUUUUGUAACUUUUGAUUUCCUUGAAAUGUAAGUUUUGUGCUGCAUAAAAGAAUGUAUCUUUUUUUAUCAACAUGACUUAUAAGUUUAAUUUUCACAGCUUUAUGGUAAUUAUAAUUUCAUGAUUAAAGAAUGUUGAAAUAUGUUUUUUGCGGCAAAUACGGCGGUAUUUUUUUUUUAAUUUGACUUGGUUUUUCUCCAUAACUUCAAGGGACUAACUAUUUAUGGGUUUAAUUUCAAUAUGGACCUCCAACAGUCCCUGAUUUAAAGGUCAAGACAAGACAAAAUGAUCCUUUAAACGUUCCGAUAUUUUCUUUUUGAGUUGUAUGGGAUAUUAAAAAUUUGUUGUUAUUUUAUAACAAAGUAUAUCAUUCAUCAUAUAUAAUUCAACUUUUAGUUUUAUUAAGGUAAAACAUUGACCUCUUAUAAUAAAAAGAAGCACAAUCAUGUAGAAAAUUUCACUUGAAAACUGGCCAAUUUUGCUUUGAUAGUUUUAGAAUUAUUGGUAAAGAAAAUUAUACCUAAAGGCCUUUAAAUGUAGUGCAAUAUUCAAUAAAAUCCCAAAUUCAGAGCAAAUUCAACCUUGAGGAUUGAGUUUAAGGUUGAAUUUGCAAUAGCGACUACUUGAAUUGAAUGCCAAGAAGUUGUGAUUGGCACUCAUUGAGUGGGGACGUUUUUUGGUCGCUGAUUGUGCAUCCACUUUUUUUUGGAGAUUGACGAGGUAAAAUUAUAUUUUCUUGUUUAUUGUAAAUAAAAAAAACCAUGAUAUUCUUAUUAAAAUAAUGCUCAGUAUGCACACCACUAAGCUUUAAAAAUAAUUAAUAAUAAAUAUAGUUAUUGUGAAUAUUAUGACAAAGACAAUAUUUUUUUUUUUUGCUUUUGUCUCUAGGCACCAGUCGUUUAGGUCUAAAGCUGAUUGAGUGAUGAUUAAAUAUUACUACGUCAUUGUUGUCAAUUUGGUUGUACGUACAUUCUGUUUUGAAGUAAAAUGAACCUUAUUCGUCUUGUAUUAAAGGUUAUUUUCUACACUAUGAGUCACACUACUACACUAUACGUUGUGACGGCCUCCGUGGCGCAGUGGUAUGCGCGGUGGAUAUACAAGACGGAGGUCCUGGGUUCGAUCCCCAGCUGGGCAGAUUGAGAUUUUCUUAAUUGGUCCAAGUCUGGCUGGUGGGAGGCUUCGGCCGUGGCUAGUUACCACCCUACCAUCACAGACGUACCGCCAAGCGAUUUAGCGUUCCGGUACGAUGCCGUGUAGAAAUCGAAAGGGGUGUGGAUUUUCUUCUUCCUCCUAACAAGUUAGCCCGCUUCCAUCUAAGACUUCAUCAUCACUUACCAUUAGGUGAGAAUGUAGUCAAGGGCUAACUUGUAAAGAAUGAAAAAAAAAGUCAUAAGAUGAAUGUUUAUUAGUAGUUAAGUUCGAAAAACCAUAUCAAUCAAGCAUUUAUUUUUCAAUAAAAUAUAUAACAAAAUUGACAACAUUGCAGUUUAUUAUCUCUAAUAGAGGGUAAGAUAAGUUUUUCUGUUUGUAAUAUAUAAUUAUUAAUUAAUUAAAGUAUGUUAAUAUUCGCGGUUAUGAGAAAAAAUCGCAUAUUUUUCGCGCUUUGUAGUUUUCUCGCGAUAGAGUCCGGCAAUAGGGAUGAUGACAACGUGUCAAUAUGUUGAUUUUUAUGAAAUAUUCAGGGAAAUGAAAGUCAAUAUUAUAUAAAAAACCGAGAUUGUCUGGAUAUUUGCAAAAUAAAUAAGAUUAUAAAAUUUCAAAAUCUAUUAAAAAUCUUUUAUCAAUUUGAUGAAAAUUCAUACAGUUUAAGCUUCCAACUAAACUACAUUAAAUGUGACAUUUUUCAAUAUAUGAACUAUAGACAUAAACGCACAAAUAACAAAGAUAUUUGUAAUUUUGUUUGAACGUCCAUACAAAAACGAUCUCUCUCAGCAAUGACGACAUUCCUUCGUACCAUUUGGUAUGGAGCAUUUUUUAUCGAUUAACCCUUUAAAUCCCUGUAGCUCCGAAAGUAAUGAUCGCAGAUACCCUGUUACUUUUACAAAAUUGCUUUACUAUUAGCAUACAGUUAAUUUAUAUACAAUUUAAAAAACUGUCAUCAUCCCUAUUGCGAAAUGUAUGCGAAUUUUGUUAGGACAUUGCAACUAAUUCUGUACCUAUUUAUAUUUGACGUCUUUACGUUAGCGGUUUCGAUAAUCGUUUUCCCGUCUAUCUCUUGUAAAAUACAAGCAGUGGCGUGCAUAAGGUUGUCGAUCAGGGUAUGCACUAGUAAUAAAAUUAGGUAAACUGGAAAAAUCUGUAUUUAAUAAGCACUAAGAAGAAAACUCUUGCGGUUUGCAGUACUUUAAUGCAUGUAUGAAGUGCUCGCCACUGAAUACAAGUUGUAUUCAUUUUGAAGUAUAAAUAAAUAUAAAUGACGGCAUUAUGUUCACACCAGUGCACAGCACAGAGAAUUUAACAAAGUGUUAGCCCUCAUUCGCACGAGAGUUUUUUUAACGGACGUCAAAAAAUCGUUCAUAUACAGUAUCAAGUUAAUUGAAGGUCUAUUUCCAACGACCAAAAUUUAAAAUGCAACACUGCUCGAAAAAAAGCAUUGUUUAAAAACGCUGUCGUUAUCAAUCCAUAUUCGGCUCACUGCUGAGCUCGAGUCUCCUCUCACAAUGAGAGGAGUUAGGCCAAUAUAGACCACCACGCUGGCCCAAUGCGGACAGUUGGAUGUGCAUGCACUGGAUCGGAUUCGAACCCAAAACCUCCGGAAUCGGAGGCAGUGGUCAUAUCCACUAGACUAUCAGCGCUAAAAACGCUGUAGUGUGUACAUAAUGCAUUGUUGUAUUUGAACGCUUUUUUAACGUCCGUCAAAAAAGCUCUCGUGCGAAUGAGUGCUUAGAUUUACUUUUAUAACACGUUUUUGUUGUCAAAUAAUAAAUCGUAAAUAGUUAUGAAGAAACUAAAAUAUUUUGUCUGUAUUAACGAAAACUGCAAGUGCCUCACUAUUUGUAAUUUAGUUUUCUUAAAUUUAGUUUUUAGACUUCUCGAGAUUUGUACCGCCCAAAGUUAAUAAUAUAAAAUAAUAAUCAAUUAUUAGGUAGUUGAUAACUAUUAACUAAAAAAUAUACAGGGUGCUCGGGAGUAUUACCCAUAACUCUAGGGUUAUAUUCUUUACCGAAAAAUUAUUUAAAAAUGUUCAAGGUACUUGUAAUUUGUUCUAAAAUUAAUGUUUUCGGUGUAAAUAAUAUUUCAUUUGUAAAUAUAUCUUAAAAUGUGAUUAAAGUCCUAUAAACGCAUCCCUAUAAUUAUGACGUAGCCAAACUUAAAACUUAUUAAAUGCAAAGAUAGAUGAAGGCGUGUGUUACAUGGAUAGUCGGAAUUAUUUGAAUAACUGUCAGUGAAAACAUAAAAAGUAUAUAUUUGUAGUUAAAAAAAUGUUAGUUAUGCAUUUCGGCUAUUAUAAGUGGAUUCGUCAACAUCUUGAAGUUAUGGGAAAUACUCCCCAGCACCCUGUAUAAACAAAUUGUAUAAAAACAAAGGUUGGUUUGUCUAUUAUCUAUGUAACCUACUAGUAUGUCUCAUAGUCUAUGGUACAUUCUUACAACUAAUUAUCAGUACGAUUUCUGUAUGUGAAAAAAAAUAAUGCUCAAUAUUCUCUACUAAUUAAAGUAGGAACACAGACAACAUACUUACCUAACAAAGAAAUAUUUUUUUAAAUUAUUUUGUUUAGUAGGAAGCAAUCUUUAUGACAUUUCCGAACAUCGUGCGUGAGCUGGACAGUACAACAUUUUAGGUAUCCGCGGUAACGUAAGGGGGGCAGGGCCUCAGACUAAUUACACAAGGACUAGUAUCACACCCAAAUUCACUAACAAAAUUAUCUGUCAUUCUUUGAGGAAAACGUGCUUAGAUUCGUUAGCAAUCCAUAUUCGGCUCACUGCUGACCUCGAGUCUCCUCUAAGAAUGAGAGGAGUAAGGCCUCAGUCCACCACGCUGGCCCAAUGCGGAUUGGCAAACUUUACACACGCAAAGAAUUAAGAAAAUUCUCUGGUAUGCAGGUUACCUCACGAUGUUUUCCUUCACCGUUUGAGACACGUGAUAUUUAAUUUCUUAAAAUGCACACAACUGAAAAGUUGGAGGUGCAUGCCCCGGACCGGAUUCAAUCCCACACCCUCCGGAAUCGGAGAUGGAGGUAAUAUCCACUGAGCUAUCACUGCUCUUGCUUGUGUGCUUGCUUAGAUUUGGCAUAUAUAAAUAUCUUGUACUAAAUAAGAAGUUGUUGACCGUUUUUUACAUCAUUCAACUACACAAUAAGAUAUUUUUACGGAGCUCUUUAACAGACGAACACGAUAACAACUAUGACACAUCGGUACUAUAGAGAAAGUUUAUAAUCGCAUUAGAUCAUUGAUCAUAUACUUUGACAGAACAGUAACGUCUAGCAAGACAGCUCCUUAUGUAAUUAGUCUGAGGUCCGCAGCUCUUCUGAGAGGUCAUAAAGGUUGCAUUCGACUGUACUUUAAUUCAGUUUAUUUCUAUAUAAACCUAGCAUUGUAUAUAAAUCAUUUAGUUGUAACAUUUACCUCUUACAAGAGGUCAGUGAGUUGUAAAAAAUAAAGUUUGAUGUUUUCAAUAA